AUUGUGUCAAAGAAUGCUAUGCAGUACCGUGGGAAUGCCCAGCAUGAUGCGCAGGAGUUUCUGCUUUGGCUUUUAGACAGAGUUCAUGAAGAUCUAAACAAUGUAGUGAAAUACAGCGGCAUGCCUCCUCUGAAGCCACCAUUGGAGGACGAUGUGCUGCUUGAGGGACCAGCCUUUCCAAUCAGUAGCACUUUUGUGCAGGAACUCUUUCAAGCCCAGUACAGAUCCUCUCUGACAUGCCCUCAUUGCCAGAAGCAGAGCAACACCUUUGACCCUUUUCUCUGCAUCUCUCUGCCAAUUCCUUUGCCUCAUACACGGCCUCUCUAUGUCACCGUGGUGUACCAGGGGAAGUGCUCUCACUGCAUGCGGAUUGGGGUGGCAGUGCCUAUCUCGGGAACAGUGGCUAGGCUGCGGGAAGCGGUCUCCUCAGAAACCAAGAUACCCACUGAGCAGAUUGUGCUGACAGAGAUGUACUACGAUGGGUUCCAUCGUUCCUUCUGUGAUACUGAUGACCUGGACACAAUCCACGAAAGCGACUGUAUUUUUGCCUUUGAGACUCCAGAGAUAUUUAGGCCUGAAGGGAUCCUUAGUCAGAGAGGAAUACAUGUAAACAAUAACCUGAAUAACUUGAAAUAUGGCACUGAGCAAUCCCGAACAAUAUCUUACUCACAAGGAACAGCAAAAUCUGGAAAACUGGAACAGUCCUCUACUAGACAAGCAGCAAAUGAUAAGAUUGUAUUGCUAGUGUGUAACAGAGCAUGCACUGGACAACAAAGCAAAAGGUUUGGCUUGCCCUUUGUAUUGCAUUUGGAAAAAACAAUUGCUUGGGAUAUUCUGCAGAAGGAAAUUUUGGAGAAGAUGCAGUAUUUCCUGCGGCCUACAGCCUGCAUGCAGGUUUGCCCAUUCAGCUUGCGAGUGGUCAGUGUUGUGGGCAUAACAUACUUGCUACCUCAGGAGGAGCGACCCUUGUGCCAUCCAACAGUGGAAAGGGCAUUGAAGUCAUGUGGACAGGGGGGAACUGCUCAUGUGAAAUUGGUGGUGGAAUGGGACAAAGAAACUAAAGAUUAUUUGUUUGUGAAUACGGAGGAUGAGUAUAUUCCAGACUCUGAAAGCGUCCGCCAGCAGAGAGAGCUUCAUCAUCAACCUCAGACCUGCACUUUAUCUCAGUGUUUCCAACUUUACACCAAAGAAGAACAGCUUGCCCCAGAUGAUGCAUGGCGCUGCCCACACUGCAAGCAGCUGCAGCAGGGUAGCAUCACACUCAGCCUUUGGACCUUACCUGAUGUUCUCAUCAUACAUCUCAAAAGGUUUAGACAGGAAGGAGACCGAAGGAUGAAACUUCAAAACAUGGUUAAAUUCCCCCUGAGUGGCUUGGACAUGACUCCUCAUGUGGUUAAACGCAGUCAGAGCAGCUGGAGUUUGCCAUCUCAUUGGUCGCCAUGGAGGCGACCUUAUGGUCUUGGAAGGGAUCCUGAAGACUAUAUUUAUGACCUGUACGCUGUUUGCAAUCACCAUGGCACCAUGCAAGGCGGGCACUAUACAGGCAAGUAUUCUGCUGUUGAUGGCCAGUGGUACUGCUUUGAUGACAGUGAUGUUCAGCAACUUUCUGAAAAUGAAGUCUGCAAGCAGACGGCAUAUAUUCUUUUCUACCAGAGACGCACCGCAAUCCCAUCAUGGUCUGCUAACAGCUCUGUGGCAGGCUCCACAAGCUCUUCUCUGUGUGAACACUGGGUCAGCCGUCUUCCUGGCAGCAAGCAACCCAGCAUUGCUUCAGCGGCUUCAUCACGGCGCACAUCUCUGGCUUCACUCUCAGAAUCAGUCGAGCUGGCUGGUGAAAGGAGUGAAGAUGAUGGAGGAUUUUCAACUCGACCCUUUGUAAGAAGCGUACAGCGUCAGAGCUUGUCAUCUAGAUCCUCUGUCACCAGCCCACUGGCAGUGAGUGAAAAUGGUGUCAGGCCCUCAUGGUCACUCUCUGCGAAACUGCAGAUGCGCUCCAACUCUCCUUCACGCUUCUCUGGAGAUUCCCCUGUACAUACCUCUGCUUCCACCCUGGAGAAGAUUGGAGAGGCUGCUGAUGAUAAAGUCUCCACCUCUUGCUUUGGCAGCUUGAGGAAUCUAUCUAGCAGCUACUUGGAACCCUGUGAUGGCAGUCGGCGAGAGCACAGGACAGUUCGCAGAGCCCCCUUGGCUGUCAUGGAAGGGGCAUUCAGGGAAGAAUCUGUUGUAAGGACAUCCAGCUCAGAUCUUUUAGAUAGAUUUAGUAAAAGCUCUGUGCAGGGAGACAGGAAUCGCCCUGCUUUGGACCCCUUUGAUAACAACAAUCAAAUUGCCUUUGUAGAUCAGACUGAUUCUGUGGAUAGCUCUCCAGUCAAAGAGGUGAAAGCCCCCAGUGGGACAGGGCUAACUCCAGAAAAGGCAGAUAGCACCCCUAAGAAGGCUCACAGCUCCAAGGGAGUUUCUGAGCAAGACAGGAGUUUGGGGAAGGGAAGGACAGUCUUAUCUACCCAGGAGCCCAAAGUCUCUCACUCCUCUCCUCCGUUAAAGAGUUCCCAGAAGGCUUCCCGUUCCAGAAGCAAGAUGGACUCUUCAAGGGCCAGUGGGCGACACGGAUCUCCUGCUCCAAGUCAAGUUAGGAAGGAGCAUAGCACCAAGCCCCAGGAGGUGGUUGUCCCGUCUGCUCAACAGAAACAAAAGUCAGGUUCUUCUCCAUCCUCCACAGCUACCAAGAAAACUCCAUCAGGGUCGGUGACUAAGAGCUCUUCUGCUGUGAAGAGCCGGACUUCAGACCGAAGCCUCAGCAGAGAGGGCUCUAAGAUAAGUCUGGGGUCAGAUAAAACGAGCGUUACCAGCAGUUCAAGAACGAGCUCCCCCCGGAUAAGCCACUCCAGGAGUGACAGUAGGGCAGUGGACAGCAAGCAUGUGCGGAGUUCCUCCAUGGCCAACCUGCGGUCUCCAAACGUUGGUGUGCGUUCUGGGUUGAAGAGGGACAGCAAGUCGGACGAGAAAGGACUGUCUUUCUUUAAAUCAGCCUUAAGGCAGAAGGAGACCCGGAGAUCAGCAGACUUGGGGAAGACAACAAUGCUCCCAAAAAAGACAGCAGGUAGCUCUUCCAAGUCAGCCAGUAAAAAUGUGCUGGAGGACAAACUGGAGAAAGGUGUCAUUCCACCAGCCUCUCAAACCAAUGCCAAUGUUAGUGCAAAAGAAAAGCUUGCCUCAAAAGAUGCCACACCCACCAAACAUUCUCUGCUAUCUAGUCGCAAGUCCAAGUCUUCCCAGCUAGAUCCUGGAGUCCAGUCUCCUUCCAGUGGCAAGCAGUCUGUUGAGAAGUCGCUGAAAAAAUUACCUUCCAGCAUGCAGGUGUCUGUACGGCCUUCUCUGGAACCUCAGUGAGAUGCUGCAAUCCAGGUCUACAUCAUUGUCCUCUUCCCAUGAGAAAGCGAUGACUGCUUCACAUCCUCCCUUGUUCUCCUCUUCUUCUCCGUUCCCUCCUCUUGCUCACAAGAUGUACUUCCCAUUGUGGUGGCUCUUCCUGCUGUUUGCCUGUGGAUCUAGUUGUUUCCCCUGUGCCUGGGACCCCUUUUGAGCUUGGUCUGGGACCACUGUAUUUUCUUGCUUUGGAUCUGCCUCUUGGUUGAGCAGCGUUUCCGCAGUGUGGGUCUAGCCUCUGGCUGGUCCUCGGCAGUCUCACCUGCUGCUCUGGUUGUUGGGCAGCUGCUUUUGGCUGGUGCUGAUCUUCUCUGGCAGAAGUGGUGCUUCCUGGAGGGCCUGCGCCCCUGCCCAGGAGCCCCAUGGCUGGACUGCCGGGGCCUCCGAGCCGCCUGCCGUCCUGCUCCGAGGUGGGGAAUAUCCCUGCUGCAGCCACAGCGUGGCACAAGCAGUUUGUUCUCCCGCAGAAAUGUCAGCCUAGUGGCUUCCGGCACUGCUGACAAAUAGACUUAAGGAUUUUGAUGCUGUGGGCUCAGUGGAUUUAUGUUCAAUUUAGGCUGGACUUCCCUGGAAUUUGUUCUCUGGCGUGCAGUGCAGACCAAAGGAGGGAACUUAGCAGCUCUGUUCUUGAAUCUUUGUGGUGCUUGUGACAAUCAUACUUUAUCCUCAGGGGCUUCUGCCUGUGCCCUCUCCCCCACCCCAACAGGGCCUUGCAAAGUCCCUGUGGCUGAGCGAGGAGCUGCAAGCAGUCCCCUGCUCAGAGCCACACAGGACUCGAAUGCCCGAGUUGUCCCGUCCCCUGCCAGAUGGGCGCUGCAGCCCAUAAUCAGAGAAAGGGUUUUCUCAUUUUCCUGUGUAGUUUUUCUAGCUCUUAGGGAACUGUUCCAAAACUUCUGAAGUUUAGCAACAUACUCAUUUCUCACCUAUGUGUGUUUACAUAUGGUUCUGGCUGAUGCUUGCCAGUAAGGAGGGCUGGAAUUGGCAGGGUCUUGUAUGUGAGUAUGGUAAUCCCUGUGGGCUUUUAGUCUGUUUUAACCACUCAACCAUGAUAGCUCUUCCUCUACUUAAUCCCAACUCCAUGCAGGCCUGGGAGGGGUGUUUAAGUGUAUUAGUGAACUUCCUUGUGCAUAACAAAAAGGGUUCUUCUCCACUUCUGUAGGAAAAGAAAAACACAGGAGGAUUAGGCCUAGUCCCUGAGUGCUGGGGAAGAGAAGAAACAGUCUCCUACCAUCCUUCCCAUCAUUUUCCCCGACUUGUUUCUCUCUGCAGACCAAGGUGUCCUGCUAGUAUCCAGCUGGGAAGCUCUCCUUGUGGCGCAUCUGGAGAAUGGGAUGCAGUACCUGGAUGGACCCUUGCUUAUGCUGAUAGCAGCAGGACUCUGGCUGGAGCAAGCUGAUGUCUUCUUGUGUGGGCCCCAUGAGUUCCUGCCCUCUCAGCGCGUCUGCGUGCCUGCUUAGUGCCAGGAUCAUCCACGCUUUGACCAGCUCUGUCCCCAUGCUGCUGCUGGAAUGCCACGCACAACUCUAUUUGCAUUCCGAUAAUCUAUUAGCCUUUUUUAAUGGUUCUUUAUUGAACUGAGACUUAAACUGUGUGAGACUGAUAAUAAUAGAACGUUUAAUUGUGUGCUUGUCUAAC